CCAGAUAUGUUUUGAUUUGUAAACUGUGGCAGUCCGCCCCCCAAUAGAUGACUUUCUUGGGGUUUGAACUUGUGUUCUCGCCCUUAUAGAGAUCUAGUUUGCUUAUAAUUAGACCAACGCCGUAUUGGUGGAGGGUAAGAGUUGUUUGAUAUUAAAAAUAAGAAAUCAAGUCUUGAUGGUUUCUCCUUUUGUGUUUUAUGCCAUCAUACUUUUGUGAGGGAGAUUUGUGGAAUGAUAAGGUUGCAGCCUCAUUUUUGUAAGAUCAAAGAUGUCCCUACAUCCUUUGGGUGUGAGACUAAUAUCCACUUGGCUUUGACUUUGACCUGGCCAGAAGAUGGUUCUGGUGGGUUUCAAGCUCCUGCGAGAAGGUGCAUUCUUGCUUGUGUGGACUCAUUUCAAAGAACACUUUCAGAUUAGUGGUCAUAUUUAAUGCUUAAAGAUGGUUUUAUAUGAGCAUCCAGAUGUUGUUCAGUGGGGUAUUAAUCUUUUCGAUGGUCACCCCAGUUAUAGUCCAGGAUACUAUGAUGAUACAGUUCAACAGGAGACCGGUGAUGUCUACAAUGGACACUAUUUCCAUAGUCAUUAUGAACCUGAAUGUAACCAAGUAGAGAAUGAUGAGAUCAUUGCACGGACUCUUCAAGAAGAGUUUUCACAGCUAGAUAUUGCUGAGGGUUCAAGAUAUUCUCAGGCAGAUGAAGAUCAGUUCCAUGCUUCCGAGCCCGCAUAUGAUUGGCAUAACCAAUCGUUGAUGAACUAUUGUUCAGGAGGUAAUGAUUAUGCACACGAAGGUGCUGAUGACAUAGAACCCUCUAGUUCAUGUUGCAGUCCUUCUGAAGUGGGGGAAUACUCAUUGGAGCUUAUUGACAAUUAUCCACUUGAUGAUGAAAUAGGGAGGAGGUUGAGUCAGAUGAUUCCAAUUCCUCAUGUUCCAAAAAUUAAUGGAGAAAUUCCUUCACUUGAUGAAGCAACUUCAGAUCAUCAAAGGCUUCUGGAUAGAUUGCAGUUAUAUGACUUUGUGGAGCAUACAGUACAAGGUGAUGGUAAUUGUCAGUUCCGUGCAUUAUCUGACCAAUUGUAUAACACACCUGAUCACCACAAGUUUGUGAGACGAAAAGUUGUAAACCAGCUGAAGUCUCAUCCAGACAUUUAUGACGGAUAUGUUCCCAUGGAAUAUGGUGAAUAUUUGGAGAAGAUGACCAAGAGUGGAGAAUGGGGUGAUCAUGUCACUCUUCAAGCAGCUGCAGAUUCAUAUGGUGUGAGAAUAUUUGUGAUGACUUCUUUCAAGGACACCUGUUGCAUAGAGAUUCUUCCUCAUUUUGAGAAGCCAAAAGGAGUGAUUUUCCUCAGUUUUUGGGCAGAGGUGCAUUACAACUCCAUCUAUCCUCAAGGAGAUAUACCUUCAGACGAGUCAAGAAAGAAGAAAAGGUGGUGGAAUUUUAGGACCAAGCACUGAAGUGUGGCUAGCCUAGAGGAUGGACCCAAAUUUUUGGUGCCCCUACAUUUUGGACCAUUGAAUUCUGUCUCCAAAUUCAUCCAACAGCCAAUAAGGAUGCUUUCCAACUCAGCAGGGAUACCAACCCUUUGGGGUGCUAGAGAAUUGCUCUUAACUAUAUAUUCCCAUUUCUUUGAUGGUCAUUGUUACUUUGAUUAAGUUGAUUUUCCGUUGUAUUAGAUAUAAAUAUAAAUCUGGGUGUGCUGACCCAGCUACAUCCCAUAGGAAUUUUAGACAUUUUCCAAAAGAAAUCAAAGUUUAUACAUAAAGGUAAUGGUGUAUUCAA